CCCGCAGCGUAGCGGGCGUUCGUUUGGGCGGGCGGUUCGAAGCGCCGGCUCCAGAGCGGAGGCCGCGCGGGUUCCGAGCUUACCGCGGCCUCAGGGGACGGGGUAGCAGUAACAUUGAAUCUGAGAAAUGGAGAGUGACAUUCUUCAAGUUUAUGAAGAUGAAAUUCAUUCUUUGGAAGAAGAAAUUGAACUGUUAACUCAAAAGUUUGAAAGCAAACAAGAAUCUACAUUUUAUUCUGAUGAAGAGAUACAAAUAUCAAUAAAAUCACUCCAAGGAGAAGCUAAACAACAUGAAUCCCCACCAGAUCUGAAAGCUGAACUUGAUUGUUUAGAAUCUGACCUCUCUUUUUUAAUGAAAUUUACUGGCAUUUGGUUCACAAAUUACUCCAAGGAAACAGUGGAAAAAACUGGAAACAAAACUAUACAGAAGCACAGAUUAUCAGGAAAUUGCUAUUCACUGCCUUUUCAGAUGGAAUUUCAACUUCUAGAAAUACAGCCUGGAGUGCAAGUUAAUUGCCAGGAUUAUAGUAAUGAAAGCAUAUCUGCUGCUGUUACUGACCUCAGCAUUAUAAUGGAAUGUGGUGAAAAUUCGGAUUUAAGCAAGUUUGUGUCCAGUGCCGAAGAACGAGGAAACCUUCUGCUGUUUUUCAGAAGCCUUUCAUCCUUUGCUGAGUGGUGUGAACAUCGCAAAUGCACCUUCAAACAUUUCAAGGCCAAAUAUCCUGAUAUUGUAACACUUCCUGAAGGACCGUCUGGAGAUUACCUGGUUAUAAGGAGCCCUGAACUUUCUGGGUUUGAGUUAAUGAUUGUUUGGAAAAUAUAUGUGGAUGAAGAAGGGAGAGUUACACCUGUCCUGGAUCUUCUGCCUAGAAUACCAGUGCAAGCCCUGCAGGAUAAGAAAGCAGCUAUUGAAAAUGGACCCCAGUGCUUCAGAAAUAUGCUCCUUUUGCUGGGGAUUGAGGCCUCCAUUGAAAGUCUGAUCAAAUCAGUUGGCAUGAAGAAAUGAAUACCACUUACAAAAC